GACCAACCGGCAACUGCAAACCAAAGAGAGAGAGAACAUGGGCAAAGCAGCAUAAAAGAAAAGGAGUCAUUUUUUUUUUCAAAUCCAAACGCUCCAAUUCAUCAAUUCCACCUCACCAAAUCCCAACAAUUCAAAAACCCACGCCUCAGAAUCCUCCAAUCUUCAAAACCCGCAUCUCAUUUCCUCAAAACUCGAUCAAAUUCCCCUGCUUUCCCAUGCAGUUCUGUUUUCAAAUUCCCUCUUUUGCUUCUUAAUCCUCUCUCUCUCUCUCUCUCUCUCUCUCUCUCUCUCUCUCUCUCUCUCUCUCAUAUCAUUGUUCUUCAAUCCUGUUCUUUUCACCAGAAUUUCAAAUAAUCCAAAUAAUCAAGAAUCCUAUAAUUUUCUUCAAAUUUCUCGGAAACGAACUUAAUUCAAUCCGAAAGCUUUCUGAAAUCCAAUCAUGGGAAUUCAGAAGGACAGGGUUCGAUUCAACGUCGGAGGCAGAAUCUUCGAAACAACCGCCACGACACUCGCAAACGCCGGCCGCAAUUCGGUGUUCGGAGCGAUGUUCGACGAGGACUGGAAUCUCCAAUCCGACAAUACCAACGAAUACUUCAUUGAUCGCAACCCCGAUUGCUUCGCCGUCCUCCUCGAUCUUCUCCGAACCCAAGAGCUCUGCAUCCCGGCCACCAUGUCCGAAAAGCUUCUCUACAGGGAAGCCUUGUAUUACGGCCUCCUCGACCACGUCCGAUCAGCCAAGUGGGGCCCAUUUGAUGGCAACAGGCUGUGGCUUUCCCGGACAGUAGCCGGACAAGCUCCGGGCGACGGCACGGCGAUUCGUGCUGGCCCGGAUGGCGGUUGCUGCGUCGCCCACGGCUCGAUGGUCCAUGUGUAUGAUUGGAUGGUGGAAGAGCACCCGCCAAUCAACCUUGACUACCAGAGAGUCAAUGAUGUUGGUUGGGUCGACUCGGAGAGCAUUGUGAUCAGCGUUUGUGAGCGGCUCGGCCGCGGAGACGGUGGAAUGGGGCUGUUCAGCUCGUCGAACGGCGAGCUCAGGUACAAAUUUCAAGUUAGUCAUGAGAAUCAAGUUAAGAGCUUUACUGCCGGAGCUUUGAGUUUUGGUUCCGACUACAAGAUUUUUUCGAGCUGCAAAGGUCGGAGCAAUGAGUACGGCGUUGGUGUUUGGGAUCAAAUGACCGGAAAGCAGACCGAUUUCUUCUACGAACCGCCCGGCUGGUCGCUCGGCGAUGCUGACAAGCUGCAAUGGCUACAUGGGAGCAACUGUUUGUUGGUCGCAACGUUGUUUCCUAGAAAGGACAACUGUUACAUAAGUUUGUUGGAUUUCAGGGAGAAGAAGAUGGUCUGGUCGUGGUCUGAUAUUGGAGCUCCGAUCACCGUGGACGAGAAGAGGGUGAGAGAUGCGAUUGCAAUGGAGGACAGCAACUCGAUUUGCGUGGUGAACGAGUAUGAAGAUUUGGGGUUCAUCGACAUCAGAAACUCCGGCGGAAGCGUGCGGUGGAGCUCGAGGAGCAGGCUCAUGAAGGGGAAAAUGCCUGAUGAGCCUUGCUACCCUAAGCUGGCAUUGCAUGAGGGGCAGCUCUUUUCGUCCAUGAACGAUUCAAUUUCGGUGUUUUGUGGUCCUGAAUGGGUUUUAACGUCCAGGCUCCGGCGAAGCUAUGGAGGUUCGAUUUGUGACUUCUCGAUAGGUGGGGAUCGGCUUUUUGCUCUUCACAGCGAGGAAAAUGUGUUUGACAUAUGGGAGACUCCACCUCCUCCGAUCAUAUGAUUCGCCUUACGAUUCCUGAUGUUUUGAAGAUCGCGUUUUUCAUAGGUUUUUCUGUACUGUUAGAUUGUAGGAGAUGGAGAGUUGCAGCAUUACUUAUGUAGGUUUAGGAAAUUUAGAGAUACUUCAGAGUUCUGAAGAUUGUAUAGGGUUUGCUGAGCUCACCACAAACAAUCAAAGUGUUUGCUUUACCUACUAUUAACCGAAUGAAAUCGAUUGCUUAACCGCCAUAA